GUUCAUUCUGUGCAGCACAAGUUUUUAUUUUAGAUCAGUUUACAACCAGGGAGUUGUUAUUUCUUUCACAAUGAUGCUGAAGAAAUACUUCCUGUGAAGCAAAUAAAGGAAGCAAAGAAAGAGGAAGAGGAAGGACAGGAGUGGACGGUGAGGUGAUGGACACGACUGAUGAGAACAGCAGGACUGUGAUCAACACCAACAGCGAUUAUCCAGUACGGCGCACUGAGGAAGUUCUACUCCCUGUCAUCACAGAUGAAAGCCAGCUGGCUGCCAUGGACUCUCAUCAUCCUCCAACCCAACACAGUCUCCCAUCUUCACCUGCUCUCCCAGAACUUCGACUGGUCCUUCUGGGUCGGAAAGGAACUGGAAAAAGUGCAGCUGGCAACACCAUUCUGGGAGGAGCAGGAGGGUUUGAGAGCGGGAAGCCCACGGAGGAAUGUGUGAAAAGGCGAGCAGAUGUGGCAGGGAGGAAAGUCACAGUGGUGGAUACUCCAGGAUGGGAGUGGUACUACCCGCUCAACAGCACCCCCAACUGGGUGAGAAGGGAAACUUUAAGGAGUGUGUCGCUCUGUCCUCCUGGUCCUCACGCUGUGCUUCUGGUCGUGCGAGCAUGUGCUUCAGUAACAGAGGACUACAUCAGGGAGAUAGAGGAGCACCUAGAACCGCUAGGAAAAGGAGUCUGGGAGCAUACGAUGCUCCUGUUCACGAGGGGAGAUGAACUUGGACUGGCGUCCAUGGAGCAAAGAAUCCUCAUGAGUGGCACAGCACUGAAGGGACUCCUCCAAAAGUGCGGGAACAGAUACCACGUUGUGGAUAAUCGAAGCAAAGGCGAUGGAACCCAAGUUACAGAGCUGAUAAGAAAGCUGGAGGACAUGGUGGUGAAGAAGACGGAUGGGAGCAGUCAUUUAGAGAUGGAUAACUCAGCUCUGUUGGGACUGGAGGCAGACGGGAAAAGGAGAGGAAGGGAGAGGAGGAAGAAACAGAGGCAGAUGGAGGAGCAGGUGCAAAAAGGGACCAUCAAAGCUGCUCUAAUGAGUGAUGGUCUUCAAGGCUCUGAACUGGACGCCCAUCAGUCCUUCUCCAAGGCUCCCCGACGUCUACCAGAGGUCAGGCUGGUUCUCCUUGGUGAGCGGGAAACAGGGAAGAGUUCUGCUGGGAACACCAUCCUGGGCAAAAUGGACACUUUUCAGACAGGAGCGGUGACAGAGGAGUGCAACCGUCAGCAGGCGGAGGUGGCAAUACGGUCGGUGACGGUGGUGGAUACUCCAGGCUGGGAGGGAGGAAUAGCCGGGGCCACACCUGAGAGGGUGAAGAGGGAAAUCGUCAACAGUGUGGCUUUGUGUCCUCCAGGACCUCAUGCUAUGUUGUUGACUCUGAGGGUGGAUACCUUGGUGACGGCGGGGCAUGUAAGAGAACAUCUGGAGCUUUUUGGGGAGGGAGUAUGGAGACACAUCAUAUUGUUGUUCACCCAUGGAGAUCAGCUUCGAGAAGGGGUGGAUAUCGAGCAGCACAUCCAGGGAGGAGGCAGGGACCUCCAGUGGCUGCUGGAGAAGUGCAGGAGAAGAUACCACGUCAUUAGCAGCUUAGCCGGCGGAGGAGGAGGCUCUAGCACAGUGGCAGAUCUCCUGCAAAAGGUGGAAAAGAUGGCUGCCAUGAACCGGUGUGAGGCUUUCUCUGGCUUAGUACAAGAGGUCAGGGAUCUGAGCUGGCAAAGGAAUGAGAAGUUCAACCAGCGCUUGAAGGAGAUGGGAGAUAAAAUGCAACGUCAGGAGAUCGAGUUGAAAAACAUGCGGGAGAGGGAGAUGAAAAGCAUCAGAUGGAUCUUUGACCGGAAGAAGAAGGUGAAAUCACCUGGGAAAGCUGACAUUCAAAAGGAGGAAGAAGAGGAGGAGGAUGACAGGAGGGUUGGUGCAAGACGGAGCGAUAUCGUGGAUCUAGAGGAAAGGAUGCGAUGGCUUACGGAGGAUAAGGAAAGGGAAAUCCAGGAUCUGAGUAUAGAGAAUGAAAGAAUCCGUGCAGCUCUAAACCAAAGCAGGAAAGAAAGAGACAAGGGGCUGCUGAACCUAGAACUAAAAGAAAGAGAAAUUGAAGAGCUGCAAGAAAGACUAGAAGAGCAGCAAAUAAAGCUGCUCAAUCUUGAAUGUGCUGCUGUCGAAAGCGAACACGAGAAAACCCAAAUGGAGAGAAGCAUUAACGCAAAAAAACAAGAGUGGAUGAGUCAGAUGAAGAAACUGGAAGAGCUGCGGGAGAAAGAGCAAGAAGAGUGGAUGGGAAAAGUUGAGUGUUUAAGAGCAGAAAUGGACAAGAGUAAAAGGCAGUUUGAGGAGGUUUUGGAGAGAAAAGCACAAGAAAAAAGCAAGGAGAUGGCAGAGCAGGAUGAAAAACUGAAAUCAGAGAUGAACAUUAAGCUGCUGGAAAAAGACAAAGAGCAGGAAGAACUGAAGAAGAAGUUCCUUGACGGUGAAGCAGAAUAUGAAAGAACUAUGCAGAUGAAAAUUAAAGAGAUGAAACAGCAACAUGAGAACGAGAUGCAUGAGAAAGAAGAGCAGAUUAAGGCUUUAAAUCUGCAACAACAAGAGGAGAUAGAAGAACUACGGCAACGGUUGGACAAAAUCAAAGUUGAACAGCGAGAGGAAAAUGACAGAAAGCUGAAAGACAAUGCUGAAAAUGCAGAAAGAGUCAAAAAGAAACAUGAAAAAGAAAUAAGGGAGAUGACACAAGAAAAAGAGAGAGAGAUAGCAGAGAUGGAACAAAAGUAUCUCAACCAAAUAGAGGAAAAAACAAAGGAAAAUGAAAAAGAGAAGGAAAUGAUCCUUCUCAAUUACGAGAAAGAUGUUGCAGAAAAGGUGCAAGAGAAAGACAGAGACAUAGACGUUCUUAAAGUGCAGCAUCAAGAUGAAGUGGCAAGAAAAAUAAAUGAAAUGCAAAGACAAAUGGAGGCCAAGGAAGCUGAACACAAGGAAAAUUUUGACAAAAUAGUGAAAGAAAAGAUGGAAGUUGUUGAAAAGGUCCAAAAAGAGCACAUCGAUCAAAUAAGAAACAUGGAAGAAGAAAGACUAAGAGAGAUUAAAGAGCUGAAAGAGCAGUUUGCAGAAGAGAUUGAGAAACAGAAGCAAGAAAAGCAAAUAGAGAUGAGGGAUUUAGAGUUAAAGUUUGCUGCAGAGAUAAAAGAAAAAGGGCUAGAAAUUGAAAAGGAGAAAGAAAAAUACAUUUUGGAGAAGAUACAGGAAAAGGAUAGGCAGGAAGAAGAGUUGAAACAACACGAUGAAGAAAUUAAGGCUAUAAAGCAAGAAAGUGAGAAAGAGAAAGAAAAGAUUGCAAGGAACCUUGAGAAAGAGAUGGAGAGGAGAGUUGAUGAAAAAGAGAGUGAGAUAGAGACACUCAAAGUGAAUGUUAGAGAGAUGGAAGAAAAGCUGCUACAAAAGGAGGAGAAAGAAAUCAAUCAUUUAAAAGAAAAGAAAGAAAUGGAGCAAAAAUUACAGGAAAGACAGAAAGAAGUAGAAGUAAUGAAAGAUCAGUUUGAAGAGCUAGAGAAGCAACUGCAUCAGACGAUUGAGGAAAAAGAAAGAGAUCAUUUGAGUUACAAAAAGCAGAUGGAGCAGAAAGUAGAAGAAAAAGAAAGAAUGGUGGAAAAUUUGAAACAACACAUGAAGGAUAUUGAUGAAAUCCUGCAAAGAAAAGAAGAAGAGAGAGGAGAGAUUAUUCUAAAUCAAAAGAGAGAGGCAGAAAAACGACUGCAAGAUAGAGAACAAGAGAUGGAAGAGAUGAGACGGCAGCUUUUGAAUGACAUGGAGAGGAAAGUUCAAGAAAAGGAAAGUGAAAUUGAAAGUCUUAAACAACAGGCAGACCUAAGGGAAACAAGAUGGAGGGAAGGGCAGAAGAAGAAGGAAGAGGAAGGACAAAAAGAGACGAAUAGAUUGCUGGAAAUCAUCGAGACAAAAACCACAGAGGUAACACAAGUGCAACGUCUUCUCUCAGAGAAAGACAGAGAGAUCGAAAAGACAUGUGCAAACUAUUUGAAAGAAAUCAACGACAUGAAAGAAAGUAAUGAAAGCCAAACGGCAAGUUUGAUGGAGACACAAGAAGAAGAAAUUAAAAAGAAUUCUGAGAUGACUGAGAAACUCAAAGAGAAAGACAAAGAACUCGACCAACUCAGGCAGAGCGAUCAAGACAACGAGAAAGAGAUUGUCCAACUGAGGCUAACAAUUGAGCAAACAAAGUCGGAGCUGAAGGAGCUGACGAACAAGAUGGAGAAAGAGAUGACGAGCAUGAUUCAAGAGUACGAAAAGGAGAUCGCACUGAGGAACGAGAGCGUAGAAGCCAUUACGAAGGAGAAAGAUGGUGCUAUGAGUCGUCUGGAGGAAGAGAGUCGGCAAAGAGUUUUGAAAGUCACAGAGAAAUUCGAGGAGAGCCGGAGGGAAGUUGAAGAGCUACAGAAGCAAAAUGAAAAGAUGAGAAAAGAGACAGACAAUCUAAAAUUAAAGUGUGAGGAGCUAAAGAAGGAGAAUGAAGAGGAAGUUCGAAAGCAUCUCAAGGAGUAUGAACAUGUUAAGAACAGAGAAGAUGAAAUUGAAAGCAUUCUUAAAGUGAGAGAUGUAGAGGUCAGGGAGUUGAAAGAAGCAAACAAUGAACUACGAGUCAAGAUGGAUGAGGCAGAAAGGAGACUGAAGCAAUCAAUCGAGAUGCAAAGAUUGAAGAAUGACGAGAUUGAUGAGAAGAUCUGGCAAAGAGAAAAAGAUGUCGGAGAAAGAGAGCAAGUUCUGAUUCGAAACCAAGAGGAGCUUACCAAAAGAGGAGAAGAACUACAAGUCAAGAUGGAUGAGGCAGAAAGGAGACUGAAGCAAUCAAUCGAGAUGCAAAGAUUGAAGAAUACUGAGAUUGAAGAGAAGAUCUUGCAAAGAGAGAAAGAUGUCGGAGAAAGAGAGCAAGUUCUGAAUCGAAACGAAGAGGAGCUUAUCAAAAGAGGUCAAGAACUCAAUGCAAAAGAGAGAAAGCUUCUUGAACGACUUGGAAAUUUGGAGUGCAAGGAGCAAGAACUCUUUGAACAGAAGACAAAUCUAGAAAAGCAACAGAGGGCCCAAGAAGACAAUGAGAAACUCACAAACAUGAAGGCGCAAACUAUCGAGAACAAGUACAAGGAGCUAGACAGCCUCCUCAGAGCUCUGGAAGGCAAACAGAGAGAGUUAAGUACUCACGGUCAAGAUCUUCAGAAGAAGGUAAAAGGACUGAAAGAUCAUGGGAAAGAGCUGAAAGAUAGGGAGUACUACUUAAAAAAUGAGGAGCAGGAGUUGCUCAACUGGAAGUCUGAGUUGCACAUGCAAAACGAGCAUGUGACCUCGACCACACAACAGCUGGAUGAGAUGGGGAGAGACUUGGCUUUCCUGAAGGAAGAACUCCACAACAAGGAGAGAAAUCUGAAGGCUUCAUUUGAAAAACUGACCAAAUGGGAAGAGAAUCUUAAAGAACGAGAAGACAUGUUGAACAAAAGAGAUUUAGAGAAUGGACUAGAAGCCGUUGAGAGCUCAGAGAAGUUGCUUUCAGUGUAUGGAGAGGUCAGUAAAGAAAAGGGAAGAGGAGGGGGCGAAAACAUGAAAGAUAGGGAGGAUCAGAGGAUGAAAACUGCAGCAUCAUCUGCAAAAAGCAAUAACUGUCACCUUGAACCCCUGAAAGAUUUAGACACAGCGAAGGAAAAGGAAGAGAUAAGGGGGAAAGAAUUGAAGACAUGGAAGAAUAAAGGCAAAGACAGCCUGGAAAGGGCAGAGGUCAUUAGUGAUUACCAGUUUUUAUCAAACAACAAAGCAUCUCCUGGGGUGGGUAUGAGGGUGUUGGUGUUAGGAGAGUCCUGGUCCCCUCGCUUCCCAUCCGGAGUCAGCAUCCUGUGUGGGGAGAAGCCAAAACUGGACGGACCUACCUUCAGAUCUUGGGAAGGUCAGAUAGCUGGACGUCACCUUGCUGUCGUAGAACCACUACAUCUAAAGUGGCGCGACGGAUCACAACCAACAGACUCAGUUCAAAGGAAAAACAUUCUUGACAGCGUCUUCUGGUGUCACCCAGGACCUCACGUCAUCAUUCUGCUAAUGCCGGCCUUCUUGACGUGCACAACGAAAUACAAGACAGCAGUGGAAGAGCACAUGGCUUUGGUGGGAGAGGAAAUCUGGCAGCGUACGAUGGUUCUGUUCACAUGGGGGGAAUCUUUAGGGGAGAGCAUAGAGCAGCACAUCCUGAGAAACGGUGAACUGAAAAAGCUUGUAGAGAGAUGUGGGGGGAGGUAUCACAUGAUUACCAGCAGGAGAAGCAACCAAAUGAUUGAGGGAUUGUUUAAGAAAAUUGAAGAUAUUGUCAGUGUUAACAGCAGGGAGAAACUUGAGGUGUAGACAUGUGACUAUGACAGUGGUUUUCAUUUUGUAAAUGUAAAUAUGUACGAAUAAACCUUGUCACUAAUCAAAGAAUUAUUCUGACUAUGUCAAAGUGCUAGAUCUCUGUGACUUACAUGUUUGAAUUUAGGUACAUGGGGUCCGUCUGGAGGGUCAUUCACAAGUUAAAUUUAACAAUUUAAGACAUAUUUAGAGGAGAAAGAUCUACAAGUGGUUUUGGCUCUGUUUAAUUGAAGAAUUAUUCAGCUUCUUUGUUUAUUGUCAGUUGAAGUACUUAUUUAUCAAGGUUGAAGUGCUUAUUAAUUUUAGGCUCUGGCUCUUUUUAGAGGAUCCCGAGAUAAAUAUGUGAGGCUGCCAAAUGAUCAAAUAGGUUUGAAAUUCAAAGGGCCUUGACUUCUGUUUUAACUUGAAGUGUUAAUUUCAUUGACUAAAAAUAUCACUGAAAAUGUUUAUCGACUUCCUUUUUUCAAAAGACAUUCAAAAUCCAUGAUAUUCUGUCCA